AUGGGGGCUGGGGCCAGCGCUGAGGAGAAGCACUCCAGGGAACUGGAAAAGAAGCUGAAAGAGGAUGCUGAGAAGGACGCUCGGACCGUGAAACUGCUGCUUCUGGGACGCUCCAGGAUCUCCCCAUUUUGGUCUCAGCAUAAGCAAGGCCGCGUAUACCACCGUCUUGCAGACCCCGCCGCCACCGCCACCGCCACUCAGUUGCGCAGUGGAGGGGCCGGCGAGUCUGGGAAGAGCACCAUCGUCAAACAGAUGAAGAUCAUCCACCAGGACGGGUACUCGCUGGAAGAGUGUCUCGAGUUCAUCGCCAUCAUCUACGGCAACACGCUGCAGUCCAUCCUGGCCAUCGUGCGCGCCAUGACCACGCUCAACAUCCAGUAUGGAGACUCUGCGCGCCAGGACGACGCCCGGAAGCUAAUGCACAUGGCGGACACUAUCGAAGAGGGCACCAUGCCCAAGGAGAUGGCAGACGUCAUCCAGCGGCUGUGGAAGGACUCGGGGAUCCAAGCCUGUUUCGAACGCGCCUCGGAGUACCAGCUCAACGACUCUGCUGGCUACUACCUCUCGGACCUGGAGCGCCUGGUGGCCCCGGGCUACGUGCCCACGGAGCAGGACGUGCUGCGCUCGCGCGUCAAGACCACCGGCAUCAUCGAGACGCAGUUCUCCUUCAAGGACCUCAACUUCCGGAUGUUCGAUGUAGGCGGGCAGCGCUCUGAGCGCAAGAAGUGGAUCCACUGCUUCGAGGGCGUGACCUGCAUCAUCUUUAUCGCGGCGCUCAGCGCCUACGACAUGGUGCUGGUGGAGGACGACGAAGUGAACCGCAUGCACGAGAGCCUGCACCUGUUCAACAGCAUCUGCAACCACCGCUACUGCGCCGAGGCGGCGCCCCAGCCCCACGGCCGCGGCCCAGCGAGCGCUCGGCUCCCCGCAGGGCCCAACACCUACGAGGACGCGGGCAGCUACAUCAAGGUGCAGUUCCUGGAGCUCAACAUGCGGCGCGACGUGAAGGAGAUCUACUCGCACAUGACGUGCGCCACCGACACGCAGAACGUCAAGUUCGUCUUCGACGCCGUCACCGACAUCAUCAUCAAGGAGAACCUCAAAGACUGCGGACUCUUCUGAGCUGCCUGAGCUCAUGCGUGUCCCUCGCCCUGAGAUGGUAGCCCUAGCUGUCUUGAAGUCCCAGUCCCCAGGACUCUACCAGCCUCCUCCUCCAGGCACCCAGGACUUCUGGGCCCCAGCCUGCCCACGAGCCUCUGGCCCAAAGCCCUGAGCCCUGCUAGCCUCGAGGCCCGGACCCUGCCCCAUGUCCCCAACCCUAGCCCUGUCCUUCUCCGCCUGGCUGCACUGGCCUCGGGGACCCACAGCAGCCAGCCCCAGCUAGGCACCAGCGGGACUUGGAGCAGCCGAGCUCGACGUGACUCAGCAGUGCCCAGCUGACCAGUCUCCCGCUGCGCUCCUGCCCAGGGGUGCUCCUGUCCCUGGGGAGACUCGCCUGGUGGGUUCGGACUCCCGAUCAGCUCCCUCGCUCCAGGAAGGGCAGGGGUCUCCCUCCCCCAAGCAAGCCUGCUGCUUACCAGUGGCCCAGUCCAGCCCCACUACCUCCAUGUGACAAGUCUGACACCUGUCCACCCAGUGGCCAAUGACUGUCCUUCCCAGCAGCUUCAGGGGUGCAAAGUCUGAGCUGGCCCUGGCCAGCGCCCACAUGGAUAAAUUAGUGAACAGGGAGCAGGUCUGAGAGCCCCUGGGUGCCAGGGAAAGACAUGAGCUGGGCCCUUCUCCAAAUGCCUGGCUCAGAGGAAGCCCCUAACCCCUCUCCUGCAGGACCUGCCCCUCUGUCGGCACACAGAAUUCUUGCCUGGCUCCCCCACCCACACGCAGUACUCUGGACCCGCUGAUCUGCUGAGGGAGGGUCCUGUGAACACUGCCCCGGCCAAUAGUUGAAGUGUCCUGAGGGGCGGCUGGGGGCAGAGUCCGGCUCCCAUCGAUCGGCUUCAGGCAGAUUCCUGAGAGGACAGGGGCCCAGUCUGCGCCUCCCCAG